AUGCUUACUUCCGGUUCGCGAAUCCCUUGGGCUGCUAACUUCAGGUCUAGGGGUCAGGGCUCUAUUGUCAGGAUCAUGAUUACUCGAUUCGUUCAACUCGACCUCAUUGACAAGAGACCUAUCCUCUUCACAAAUAAAGUGGAUGUUGAUUCAAAAAUUCAAAAUCCUACUGUUUUAGAAUUUAGUGGUUUUGACAGUACAUACAGUGUUACUGACCAGAAUAUUGGAGCUAGUGUUGAACAACACCGGGACGGAAGGGUACAUGUAACUUCAGUUCAGCGAGUGGGAAACAAUCUUCCUUUGGCCACCAUGAUUUUUCCUCAAAGAAUCCUUAUUUGA